AUGGCCUUCAGCUUCAAGGGACUUAAGUUUUAUGUCUCCAUCCACACGCCCAAUGAGACAAAGAAGAUAAUCCAGAACAAUGGCGGCAUCGUGGUCGCCAACGAGAAUGAUGCAGACAUACGCAUUAGAGACCCGUCUCGCGGCCCACCAAGUUACCGUUCUGGCGAUUACUACUCCCACAAGUGGAUAGUGGACUGCAUCAAACAGAAACGGCAAGUCGAUGAGGCGCCGUACCUCAUACAACGGCAAGCCCACCCGUCGACUACACCUGCGCGGCCUGCGCGGCCUGCGCGCAAUGAGCGGACCGAAGGCGAACGCGAACGGUCUCCGCCUCAAAGGGAAGAAGAGGAUGGUUUGGUCUAUGCGUCGGCACGGUCUCAGAGUGUCGUAAAGACACGCAAUGCAUUCACGCGCGAAGACGACCGCAUCCUGCAAGAUUGGGUCAUACAGAAGGCGACACGGGCCAUCGAGGAAGAUGAAUAUUUUCACGACCGCGGUAACGAGAUGUACAAGAAGCUGGAAGAAAAGUACCUGUCGCAAGAAUCCAAGAACGACCACAGAAGAAACCUCGAGAAUCGUCCCGAAAAGGCGAGGAAGUUCGGGCACAAAUGGAAAACGGGCCCGAUUCAGAACGUCGGCCACCGCGAGAACGACCGCAGGAACCACCACGGGAACCACCACAAGAACUACCACAGGAACCACAACAGGAACCACCACAGGAGCCGCCACAAGAGCCACUACAGGAACCACCCCAAGAACAGCGACGCAACGAAGCACGAGACCAAGCACAGAAAGACGAGAUGCUUGACGACAGUUCUGGCCGGCCCGGCGAACUGUUCUUCAUGGACUAUACAGAUUAUUACAUUCUCUCAAAGGCGUAUUCGUUUUGGAAAGAUGAGAAGCGAAAAUCUGGAACACAUGCAAAACCAACAAACUCCUUCUUCGAAUAUCUUCACUCAAAGGUAA